CCUUGUUUGUUUUUGAUCGAUGGGUAGGGGUUGGCUCGUUGGAAAUUUGAAAUGGGUUUGUUUUGUUUUACUGUGUUUGUUCUUGAAUUUUUGUUUUUUGCUGGUUGGUAUGGGUGGAAAAAAUUAGGUCUUGGAAAUUGGAAUGACACCCCUUUUGAAUUUUGGGUUCUUUUUUUUGUUGUGUGUAUUUGUCUCUCUUUCUUCCGUUAUUUGACUUUUGAUUGAUCAGGGUUGACUUGUUCGAAAUCUGAAAUGGGGUUGUUUAGUUUCACUUUGUUUUUUCUUGAAUUUUGGUUGGUAUGUUUGGAAAGUUGGGUCUUGGAAUAACAGUUAUUUUGAAUUUGGGUUAUUUUUGGUUGUAUGCAUUUGUCUCUUUUUCUUCCCUCUUUUGUCUUUUGAUUGAUAAGGGGUGUCUUGUUGGAAACAUGCAAUGAGUUCGUUAACUUUGUAUGUCUUGGUUGUUUGAUGGUUCGCAUGAAUGGAAAAGGUAUUCUUGGAAAAACUCAGUUUUUUAGCUUAAUUGGAUCCUCAGCUAGUUUUCCGAAAUGGGUUUCUUCUUCAGUCAUUUCAGGUUUUUUCUCUACUCAACUGGCAAAAUAUUAUUAAGAUUUGAUUGAAGUGGAAAACUGGGUGAAGAUCGUUUUCCUUGAAAUUGACAGUUCUUACCUUUGAUUCUCAUUCCUUUGGUAAUGCCUUUAAAGGGAGUGGGAAAUUUUGGCAAAUGAGUUGUUAAUUUUUCAUAACAAACUAGUGCUGUGGCUGGAAGAUUGAAAUAGGUUUGCUUUAUUUGGGUUUUUUUCGUCCCAAAGUAAAGCACAUAUUGAGCUUUGAUAUAAACAGGAUAGUACUUCAUGGCUGAACUUUGAUUGGUAAUGGUGAUCAUCUAGCAUACUCAAGUGUUCGCCUUAGAUUUCCAAUCCCUUAUAGAUGACAAAGCUUAUUGCUGAGUUUACAUCAACUCAUCAAGUGUAGAUUACUGGUUUGACAAUCAUUAUCAAUCCUCUCAAAAAGUUAUGGUGGGGAUGGUCCUAGUAUUGUACAUAGAGAUGAAUCAUUUUCAUUUAGUAACGUCAAUUAUUGAGAAGGUGUAUGCUUGAUACCUCCUUUUUCUUCUUCUUCUGGUUGCCAGUUCACCAUGAAAGCAACAGCCCUCAGUCCUUUUCUAAUUCGAUUUGUUUCUAUUCUUAUGUGGUAUAAAGAUAGAUGGAUAGUGUUGGCUGGAUAGAAGAAUUCUCUGAUAAAAAUCGUUGGACUUUCGAUCAUGAUGUUGAAAUUUGAUUAAAGCUCAGCACUAUUAGGAUUCCUGGAUCGCCAAUGGCUCCUGGAGGCGGUGUGUGCAAGGAGGUGUUUGAAUCUCACCCAACAUUUGCAAACUAUGACAUAAUAAAGCCCAAAGUGGAGAAGAACAGUACUCCAGUGAACAGUGUCACUGGAGUGGGUGGAAAGCAUGGAAUGCCUUUGUCGAAUAGUGUGCACGAGUUACUUGUGUGCCCCAUCUGCUCAAGUUUAAUGUAUCGUCCUAUUCACCAGUGUCCGAACGGCCACACCCUUUGCUCGAACUGCAAAAUUAGAGUGCACAACUGUUGCCCAACUUGCCGCCUUGAUCUUGGAAACAUAAGGUGUUUGGCGUUGGAAAGGGUGGCAGCAUUGUUAGAAUUACCCUGCAGAUACCAGAAUCUAGGCUGUCAAGACGUUUUUCCUUACUACAGCAAGCUUAAGCACGAGCAGAAUUGUCGAUUGCGGCCCUACAACUGUCCUUAUGCCGGAUCCGAGUGCUCUGUCACUGGUGACAUCCAAAUCCUUGUUGGGCAUCUCAAGGAUGAUCAUAAGGUUGACAUGCAUGAUGGGUGUACAUUCAAUCACCGAUAUGUUAAAUCUGACCCACAUGAGGUGGAGAAUGCAACAUGGAUGCUAACUAUCUUUAAUUGUUUCGGAAGACAAUUCUGCUUGCACUUUGAGGCAUUCAAACUCGGAACGACCCCAGUUUACAUUGCUUUCCUCAGAUUUAUGGGUGAAGAUUUUGAGGCCAAAAAGUUCAGCUAUGCUUUGGAAGUCGGUGCUUACGGGCGUAAGUUAAUCUGGCAAGGAGUUCCAAGGAGCAUCCGCGACUGCCACAGAAAAGUUCGUGACAGUCAAGACGGACUCAUGAUUCCUCGAAACUUGGCUCUGUUCUUCUCCGGUGGAGAUAGUCAAGAACUUAAAUUGAGGAUCGCCGGGCGGAUAUGGAAAGAAAAGUGAGGUACCAAAAGAUGGUUGUAAAGUUUGCAAAGAUUAGAAAUCUUUUCAGAAAGAUCUUCAGGACGUUUGUGUUGGCAGUUAUUAAGGGCCUGUUUGGUUUUGUGUCUUA